UGUCAGUAGUGUGUCAUUUAGUGAAAAAGAAGGCUGAGUUUUUUUGUUGUGUUCGCCAACAGAACUAAAAUAUUAAUAAUAAGUAAAUCAGAGUAUAUUGAUUCAUGUUAAACUCGAUAUGAAGCCACUGAUAGAUUUUGACGAGUGCCUUAGGGACUCGCCUAAGUUUAGGGAGCAACUGGAAACAGAAGAAGCUAGUAUCGAUGCUUUGGAACAGAAGCUAGACAAGGUCUUAAAAGCAUGUUCUCUCAUGAUAGAUACAGGGAAAACAUACAUGACUCACAGAGGCACAUUCACGAAUGCGCUAUGGGACUUGACUGGAAGCUUCUCGGAGGAUCCUGCCGUGAUGGCCAUGCUCAACAGGAUGAUCCAUGCCUUGCAAGAGAUGAACAAAUUCCACUCCAUACUGUUGGACCAGGCAUCUAGAACUGUGCUUAAGAAUCUCACUGCUUUCAUCAAAGUGGAUAUAAAAGGUGUCAAGGAAAGCAAACAUCAUUUCGAUAAAAUCUCAAAUGAUCUGGAUAUAGCGUUAAUUAGGAAUUCACAGGUGUCACGUCACAAAAUGGCUGACGUGGAGGAGGUAGUGAAUCUCCUGCUGGCGACGCGGUCGUGCUUCCGCCACACCGCGCUCGACCACGUGCAGAAGAUCACCAUGAUGCAGGCGAGGAAGCGGCACGAAAUACUCGCCACAUUCCUGUCGUAUUUGCAAGCGUGUUGCACAUACUAUCAUCAGGGCGCCGACUUAUCAGAAGAUUUAGAACCUUUUCUUAAAUCGACUGCUGAAGAAAUAUCAACAAUGCGUAACGAUACUAAGAUAUUAGACAAAGAGAUGGAAAACCGUCACACGAUCGUGAAUAGUAAGGACACAGUAUUGCCGAGCUGCAAGGCGAGCGAGGGCGAAGGUGACUGCAAGGACGGGCUUUUGAGCACACCAUGUUUGAAAAACUUGCCGAGGAUGCAAGGAUACUUGUUCAAGAGGACUUCGAACGCGUUCAAGACGUGGAACAGACGAUGGUUUUAUCUGUAUGAUAAUCGACUUGUGUACAGGAAAAGAACCGGUGAACUGAACGUGACGGUGAUGGAGGAAGACCUCAGGUUGUGCACAGUAAAGCCCGUGCCUGAUGGAGAGAGGCGAUUCUGUUUCGAAGUUUUGUCGCCUUCCAAAAGUCACAUGCUGCAAGCCGACUCAGAAGAGAUGUUGAACUCGUGGAUCACGGCGCUGCAGAACGGCAUCCGGUCCGCCAUACAGCAGGGCCAGAGCCGCGAGAACCCCGAGUCGCAGCUCGUGCUGGUGCCCGACGACACGCGGCCGCCGGACCACACGCACAACGUCACCAGCGGCGCCAUGAAGAAAGUCAGGAUAUGGGAGCAGCUACUCAGUAUUCCGGGCAAUAAUUACUGCUGCGAUUGCGGCAGUCCCAACCCUCGCUGGGCCAGCAUCAACCUCGGCAUCACACUUUGUAUAGAAUGUUCCGGUAUUCAUCGUUCUCUAGGCGUUCAUGUUAGCAAAGUGCGUUCUCUGACAUUAGACGAUUGGGAACCGGAUAUAAUAAAGGUAAUGGCGGAGUUAGGAAACAAAAUUGUGAAUUUAAUAUACGAAGCCAACGCAGAAGGCUCUACUAUACAGAGGGCGACGCCGGAUUGCGAAACAUGCGUGCGUGAGAACUGGAUCCGCGCGAAGUACGUGUCGCUGGUGUUCGUGAAGGACAUCGUGAGCAGCGGCGCGGCGCUCGGCGCCGACUCGCCGCUCAAGAACGGACGGCGCUGGUCCGUGCGCCGCGCCCGGAGACGGGUGAGGGCAGCACCUGCUGUGCCAGAAACAAUUAAUGACGAAAAGAGUGACGACAGCAACUCAAGCGUAUCAGAAAAUUCAACGAAAUCUGACGGCAGUCCAGUGUUGGUGAUUGGUAAUGAGUUGGACAGUGAUCGAGGCGUCGAUCUCAGCUUACCCUCUGAUCACGAUUCUACUGAAGGCGAGGACGGUGAUGAAAUCGAAGUGUCUCCGGAGGAGGCGAGCGGGCUGUCGGCGGACGCAGUGCUGUGUGCGGCUGCGCGUGCGCACAACGUGCCCGUCAUGCGCGCCGCACUCGCCGCGCGCGCCGACGUGCAGCGCGCCGGGCCCGCCGGACACACGCCGCUGCACCGCGCCGUGCUCAGCGGGUCGGUAAUGGCUUGUUCAUUCCUUCUACUCAACGGCAGCAAGCUCAACGUUCAAGACGACGAAGGCAAAACACCACUCCACCUCGCCACUGACGCGGGACAUACUGGACAAGUUUGCCUUCUGUUGCGGUAUCGCGCCGACCAGUCGAUAGUGGACAACGAGGGCAACACGCCGCUGGACAUCGCCGUACGAAAUGCGAAUGCUGAUAUCGUUACAUUGUUACGGCUAACGAAACUGAACGAGGAGAUGCGCGAGAGCGAGAUGUCGUCCAACGACGACACGUACAACGAGGUGUUCCGCGACUACACGCAGCUCGCGCACUCGCACCCCGAGCGGCUCGUCCGCGCCAAGCACAACAACAACGAAGGCGAGCAGCAAGCGAGCGAAUGACGAAGCGGGAACGGCGCGCGACGUCGAUGGCUGUGGUAACCACACACUGUACUCGAGACAUUCGGUAUCUACUAUUAUGGUAUCUUAUAUUACAAGCUUUCUCUUCCCUGUUAAGUAUUUGACCGACUUUGUUAUAUGUCUUAUAUCUAUAAAUGUUAAAGUUGGACUGAAUGUUCCCAUCAAUCACAUUGAUAUAACUAAUGCAGGACCAGUGAGAUUGUUUAGUUUUUUGGAACUCCAACGGGCCAAAACCUAAUAUUUUUUACCUUUUCAAUUUGAGUCUUACAAAGUGGCCUAAUACUGCGCCGUAUCAAUGAAUUUCUGUUUAUAACAUAUUCAUAAAUUUAUUUUUGUAUAUUAUUUUUAAUUGUCUUAUAUUACUUUACAAUAUUGUACAACAUUAUUGAAUGAAAUUAUAUUUUGUAUUUUUUCGGAUGUUUUUCACACAUUUGUGUAAUAAUAUGGAUCUCUUGAAAUGUUUAUUAAGGCUUUAUCGAUAUAUCAACAACUAUAUUCAAUGAAUUUUGUGCUGCCAAAUUCUCAUAAUCAAUUUUUAAACACGUGUACAUGUAUGUGUAAUAUUUUCUUCCAAUGUAUUACUCGAUAUUAGCAAGUAAUAACAAAUAUAGUAGUAGUUUGAAGAAUUAGGAUACCUGUUACAAAUACACUUCCAUCAUAAAAUAGGACGUUGUAAAAUGUGAUUUUAGUACACGUAAAAAUAGACAUUAAUCGAUAUCAUUUUGAAUCGAUUUGCUGCGCUUCCCUAAUGAUCGAAUCCUUAGUUUUAGGUUAAGCUCUUAUAAAGCUCUUUUAAUGUUUUAGAUUAACGUUAAAAAAUAUUCUUUCUAAUUUCAAAAUACACACAUCAACUUAUAAAGGAAUAUUAUUUUCCAUUAUUCUACCAAUCCAUAAUUUUUGCCAAAAAAUUUGAAUUUUAAUCUUGUUAUGUAUAUAGAUUAUAUAGUAUGAAUGCAUAAAUACAGUCUAGCGAAAUCGUACGAGUAUCCAUUAUCCUAACCUAAGUCUAAAUAUGCCAUUUUAACUCACGAAUGAUUUAAAGCGCAGUUUGUUUGCAUUGCCUGCGAGCAUGACGUGGGCAUUUUGAAAACCCUUGUGCAGUGAUCCCCGUUUGCAACCCUUUGUUGAAAUAAAUGUGUCUAAUGGAAGGUUUCCCCAUAAACUACAGGGUAAGUACAUAAGGUACGGUUAAGGUAAGUCCGAAUAAGUGGAAAGACAGUUGAUUCAAAAUGAAUUCUAACCCCUAAUCAAAAUAGAUUUAACGGCCAUUGGAUGGCACUUUGGGCUGUGUGCUCCAUGUUAGAGAAUCAUAAAAAAAAUAUAUAUAAAUCAUAAAUAUUUUUUAAGACCAUGUUUUUAUCUCCAUGUUAUUGAGUUUAGUGGUAACUUUGAAUCCAACAGCCUUCCCCCUAAUUCGAACUUACCCUGACUCUAUACGCUUCUAGAAAGUUCGACAUUUUAAUAACUCCUUAUCACACGGUGGGAAGUGGACAAAUAUAUAUGCAACUGUUCCGUAUCCUAUAUGAUUAAUUUCGUUCCGAGUUAAGACUUAUUACUGCUCUCCAAGAAUCUGCCAACUUCAUCGCUCGGUGUUACAAAUGCCACUGCCGACACUCGCUUAAGGAGUUGCAGUGGUGGGAGUGAAGCAGGGGCGUAACUACCACCAUAUCCGUGAUAUGGGGCCCCUCUUGGCUUAUACCUACAUUAAACUAAGUGAGCGCCCAAAAGUUCGAUUCAUGAACCAGAUCAACAAUUAUAGAUAUAGGGCCCCUCUAAGACAAACUACGCUACUGGCCAGGAUAAUCUCAUGAAUAACUCCUUGCAAUUCCUUGACAAAGUUGAUGUGUGUAAUGUAUACUUCGGUAAUCAAAAAGGCCAUGAGAUGGCAGUGUGAUGUGCUUUACUGAACCAAAGAUACGAGUAUUGGAAUAUUCUGGCGAAACUAAUGUCUAUCAGUUUGUUUACUAAAAUAUUGAUGUUUACAUUCCGGAUUGUUUAAAAGUUCAGAGCAAUAUGUUAUGAUCGGUAAUGUGAUUGACCGUUAGUUUUUCCGUUAGAUAAAUAGUGAACUAUAGUGGCGAUGGAUGAAGUUUUUCAAAAGGAAACCCGACAUAGGUACUAUUGAUAUGCAAGAAUGCGAUUUGUAAAUCGUUUCUAUGUUAAAAUUAUAUUUUACAUAAGUCACGAAAGGGAAGUCGGCUGGAAUCGAUUUAUAUGGACCCUUCGCCACUGGUGAACUAACAUUAGAUGACUGCAUCUAUUGUUACGGGCUGGACAUACUCGGAAUUUAUAAAAACAUUUUUUCAACAAGUAAAGUAUUGAAAAUAAUUUUGUAAAUGUUAUUACAUUUAAUUGUGGUUAUUUAUUUUUGACUACACACUUGCUAAUAUGGUAUGUGUUGUGUAAUCACUGUGUAAAGGCUGGUCAUAAUAUUUCUCUGAACUGAACCUAUUUACUAAUCAUUCCAAAAUAAUUCGCAUUUAAAUUAAAAUGAAUUUAUGCUAUUAUAUGAUUGGGCUCAGUUUUGAAUCUCAGUGUAUUUUGUUUUUUAUACACCUUUAUUGUAAUUAAAUAUAUAUAACCUAAAUAUUCACUUGCCAAUUUUUCUAUGUUACACCGUAAGACUUGCCUAUGGUCAUUAAAUUCGAUGUCAUGUCAAUAAAAAAAAAAUGUUUUACGAAUUUAAUUAAACAUUUUUAAAUGAUAUUUUGAGACAAUGUAAGGUUUAAGAAUUUUAUGUAAAUCAAAAAUGCACGAAAAAUGCAAUCCUAUAAAUUAUUUUAAUAUCCAACAGUAUUAGUUCGUAUUUGUGUCUAUAAAGUUAGAUCGCUAGUUGUUUUUUUUUUACUAAGGCAACUCAAAAAGUAGUUGAUCCUCUAUGCUCACUGCCGCCCAUAAAUACUGAUAAUCAAACGAAAUCUUAUAAAUAUAACUGAUAUAAAAAGGAAUGAAGAAUUGGAAAAAAAUACAUUCUGAAUUUCUUUAAAAAUGUUUAAUUUCAUUUCAAUGCACUCUAUUGUUAACAAUUGAACUUGUUCCCGUUUUUUUAAUGUUUUUUUAUUAAUUAGAAUAAGUAUUAAGUACUGUAACGUUACUUCGAAAUUAUUGUUAAGUAUAAUAUAAUGGGUAUUGAUUUUCGUUGUGUAAAAUUGCAUGUGUUAUACUGUAAUUAAAGCUUAUGAAAAAAUUGUUUCUGCAUUUCCAAACAAUUAAUAUUUUUCGCGAAUUUUCUACGGAACCUUUUUUUAAUUGGUUAUAACCAGGUCUUUUUGUCACUUCUUUUUUGGGAGCACGCUAAUUCUCAAAAGGUGUCCUAAAUUUUUUGCACCCCCUCCCUUCCUGUACUUUUUAAUAGUAUUUUUUUUUUAUAUUUUAGAAUUUUUUUUGGGCGCUUUGUGUGACGCCGCAUGUCCCCACAAAACAAGGCUUGGUUAUAACUAGUCGUAUUUCUGAAUCUGUCAGGUUGUGUGGUUUAUUAUAUUGGUAAUUAAUUUGUAUAAUCAGUUAUUUCAUAAAAUGUCCGAUCAAUAAUAAAUGACUUGGCGUUCAUGGCUAUCGUAAACAGUUCAGUAUCGCGUGGCAUUUUCCCGUAAAAAUGUUUAGGCCCCUUUGAUAUAGAAAUAUCGUUUAACCUACCCGACCUAAUUUGAUAAUGUUCGUAAACAGAGGUUAAUGGCUUGUUUUUUUAUUUGUUUAAAUUUGAACGAUGUUAGUGCCCAUGUGUCAUCAAUAUUUUGUUCUAAAGUGCACAGAUUGGCCUUCAAUUUGUUAUUGUAAAUAAAAAACAACUAUAAGAGAUAUCCGUAUUUAACAAAAAAGUUUACCAAAUGUACAUUUCGUCUUACUAGUAUUAUAUGUGAAGAGCCCUCUAGAUCUUCAUAGAAUUCCAAAUGACCCAUUUGUAUAUUAAAAACACAUUUCACGAAAUAACCGAUUGUACAAAAUGUUAACUACCUACUAUAAUAACUUCAUGUUCGUUAAGAGCUUAUGCUAUGAACUGUUAACAAAAUUUAAUUUUAAAAUUGCAUGCCAUAAACAGAGAAACAAGUUUCUCUGAAAAUGUUAUUAAUGUAAAAAUUAUACAUUAAAUGUGGUUAUUCCUUGUUACCAUUGAAUAUGAUAAUCUAUAUUAUUGUAAAGUAGUUUUUAUACAUAUAUGAGGUGAUCGAUAAUCUGAAGACUUAUGGCCAUAGCUUCAUUAGUCCCCAGACGUGGCAAACGGCGAUUUUAAAUGUAAUAAGUUAAUAAUAAUUUGCGAAGGUUCUUAUUGAAAUAAUUUUAGUAACGUAGGACGACGGUAUUCUUAAUCGAUUGCUCUGGUGGAACAAUCUUUACGGCUGCUUCCAAUAAAUUAUUCAAAUCUUAACCUUCGAUCUUGGUCCAAGGAUAAACUAAUGAAAAUAAAUAAUUUAUAAGUAUGUGAAAAAAUAUGUUGUAAUUGGUCCUUUUUCGCGAUGAAACGUAACGUAUACUAACUUGUGUUUAACGUUAUGGUUUCAACCUCUAAAGUAGGGAUACAAACCCACAAAACAUGUUUAUAGUAUUUUUAAGCAAUUAUAAAUAAUUUAAAUAUCUUCUUACAACAACGACUGAAGUAUGUAAAUACCAUACAACGAAAUUCUAUGCGCACGCGCAUCGUGCGUGACUAUAGUUUUACUAUCGUAUUCUGCUCAAAUCUUAUCGUAAUGAUGGUAGAAUAUUUAUAUCCGCCGGAACAGCCACCGCCGUACACAAAAUAUGAAACCCUCCAUAAUGGCUCAUGUAAGUGGAUCGCGUCACUAGAUCAGCCCAUGUAUAUCCGUUUUAAACAGGCCGGCAUAACUGAGACGACUGGCAAGUAGUAAUCAUCACUAAUUAGUCUAUCUACCUAGACCCUACUCCAGUUACCAUCAGGAGGGUUACUUCUCUGUUAAAAACCAUAAAAAUCAUUGUUUUUAUAAAGACGCGUCAGUCGCCCGUUUACGGUAUAGUGAAAAAUGGUUAAAUUCGCCAUUUGUCGCGUCUGGUACUGAAAAAGAGGAUAUCGGAACGUAAGCUCUUCUAAUACGAUAAACACUGGUAGAGGAACACAAUGUCUAUACGAAUAUACUUAAUAUUAAAUAUAACUAGUAUUGGAGGUUGUGGAACGUACAUUAUUGUGAAACGUUCCUGUGUAAUGCAGUUCAAAUCGAUUUGACUUCGAAACAAUCACAUUAUGAAUACUCUGUUAAAACGUUAUUAUCCAUAGUUGUAUUUAAAUAAACGAAAUAAAUGAUAA